AUGUCCGAUAAUGGAAAACCAACCCCUCGCCGUUCCCCGUCGCACCGUCGUCGUUACCCCACCCACCACCCACCGUCCGAGUUUAUAUACUCUCUUUACAGCGAACGUUCACUGUCUAGCUCUCUUUCUCUCUCACGCGCCCAUCAGCUACUCUCUCGAAAUACACAGAGAAAUAGAGUGAGUGGGAGAGAGUGCGACGAGCAAGAGAAGUAUAUAGAAGGAGAUGGAUAUAGUGAAAAGGGGAGGGAAAUACCCGAGAAAACUAACCCGGUGGAGUCUCAUCAGCGUUUGUUAAUUCUAUUAGUUUCCAUUAUGAGCCGCCCAGGAGCAACUGGUAGAGGGGAGGUGGGGGGACGGCUUGGCUCCACGGCUCCGAACUUGGUCCGAAUGGCCCACCAGAGACCCAUCCUCAUAAUUACUAAAUAA